GAACGACAUCGUAUCAUGACACGUCGUUUUCUGCAACCCGCCGUUUGGCCAAGCAACAGCAAGAGAGAGGCACAUAGGAGAAGGAUGGAUAGCAAAGUGGAGGUAGACGAAGCGCCGCAGCCGGAGCUCCAAUCCACCGCCGCACAGCCAUCACCGCCUUCGGAAAUAGCUCAAAUGGUUUGUGGCUCUUGCCGCCGCCUGCUUAAGUAUCCACGAGGAGCCAGACAUGUCGAAUGCUCGUGCUGUCAGACAGUCAACUUUGUUUUAGAAGCUCAUCAGGUUGGACAAGUUAAAUGUGGUAGUUGUGCAGUGUUGCUGAUGUACCCAUAUGGAGCGGCGUCCGUCAGGUGUUCCUCUUGCAAUUUUGUGACAGAAGUUGGAGAACACAACAAGCGCCCGCCAUGGUCCGUCCAACAGGGGCAAUCACCAGCUCCUCCUAAUCCUGCUCACUAAACUGCUCAUGCGAGUGAGGCAGUCCGGAAAUUGUUACUAGCAUCCGAAGCUUGGCAGUACUCUGCCUUAUAUUGCCGUUGCAUGGAUUGGGGAAGAACGAAGGGCUUACACCAGAACUGGUUGAUUUGAUCUUCGCAGGAAAGGAUCUUCUUGGUACGAUCGACAAUGAACAACUCUUCUCCAAAUUUAAUUUGCGACUGUAUAUGAAGUUAAACUGCUGAGCCAUAAUGAGCUGUUUCGGACGAAAAUGUAACGAGACGGAUUUGACAUUAUGUUCGCUAAACUAUUUGAGAGAAAUGAUAUGUUGUGUGACAACCAACAAA